UCUCGCUGGUGGGUGAGGGAUCGGCUUUCUCUGCUAGUUCCCACCCUAGGACUUCUUAGCCCCUGGAAGGCGAGGAGAGAGGCUCAGGGGAGUUUUUGGAGUGGGGCGUAGAGGGAGCCACUGGUGGGGCCCUUCCUAGGGUCCUUUUCCCUUCGUGGGGUGCUAUGGAGUUCCCAGAACACAGCCAGCAGCUGUUGCAGAGCCUGCGAGAGCAGCGGUCCCAGGGUUUCCUCUGUGACUGCACCGUAAUGGUGGGUAGCACCCAGUUCUUGGCCCAUCGGGCUGUGCUGGCCUCCUGCAGCCCGUUCUUCCAGCUUUUCUACAAAGAGCGGGAACUGGACAAGAGGGAUCUGGUGUGCAUCCACAAUGAGAUUGUCACGGCCCCAGCGUUUGGGCUGCUUCUGGACUUCAUGUAUGCUGGCCAGCUGGUCCUGAGGGGGGAUACCCCCGUGGAGGAUGUGCUGGCGGCUGCCAGCUACUUGCACAUGAAUGACAUCGUUAAAGUGUGUAAGCGGCGGCUGCAAGCCCGGGCCCUGGCUGAGGCAGACAGUACCAAGAAGGAGGAGGAAACCAACUCACAGCCCCCUAGUUUGGAGUUUUUGCCCACUUCCCGUGGCCCCCAGCCUUCGUUGGCAUCUGCCGAGACAUCAGGCCCCUGGGGCAAAGGGGAAUGGAAAGGCCCUGCAGCUCCCUCACCGACAGUCUGUCCUCCAGAUGAGCCACCAAUGCCCGGGGGAGCUGACACGACCCAGCCUGGCGUGGAGGUCGACUCCCCACAUCUCCGGGCACCUCCUGCACCAGUGGCUGAUGUCUCCCUCGCCAGCCCCAGUAGCUCCACAGAGACCAUUCCUUCAAACUACUUGUCUUCAGGCCUUCCAACAGUUUCGGCAGAGCCUCUGGCUCCCCUUGAUGUGGGUACGGAGAGUCUGAGGAUGGUGGAACCAAGGGGUGCUGGGGGACCACUGCAAGGCUUCUAUCCUCCUGCUCCAGCAGCUGCCCCGGUCCCUGUCCCAGUUCCAUCGCAGGCUCCAGCGCCCGCAGAAGCUGAGCUGGUCCAGGUGAAAGUAGAAGCUAUUGUGAUUUCUGAUGAGGAGCCCGAUGUGUCCGAGGAACAGCGUCAGGGCCCCGAGGGACUGUUCCCGCCCGGGGCAGCAAUGUAUGGUGGACAGCCCCCUCAGCCAGAGGCUUUUGAGGAGCCGAGAGCAGCCGGACUGGAGGAGGUGGGGCCAAGUGAUCACUUCCUGCCCCCAGAUCCUCACCUACCCUACCAUUUGCUGCCAGGUCCAGGGCAGUAUCCCCGAGGACUGGUGACAUCGCCCUUGCCUGCGCCCGCGGCCCUGCAUGAGCCACUUUACCUGCCUUCUGAGUAUGAAGCAACCCCGGGAAGUUUUGGGGUUUUUACCGAGGACGUGCCCACUUGCAAGACAUGUGGGAAGACCUUCUCAUGUUCUUACACACUAAGGCGACAUGCCACGGUGCACACACGUGAGCGACCCUACGAGUGCCGCUACUGUCUGCGCAGCUACACCCAGUCAGGGGACCUCUACCGACACAUCCGCAAGGCUCACAAUGAGGACCUGGCCAAACGCAGCAAGCCGGAUCCAGAGGCUGGCCCCCUCCUAGGAGUGCAGCCCCUCCACGGCUCCCCGACAGCAGACAAGCAGAACAGCGGUGGCGGCGGCGGCGGCGGUGGCGGUGGCGGAGGGCCACCUAAAGAUUUUGUACUCGGCCCCAAAAACUGACACCUGCAGGAGCAUCAGAAGCCGAUGCUAGGCCUGCUCUUGCCAUCAUUAGGGGGCAGCAGAGACUGGAAGCUUUUUCUUUCCCCCUGCUGGCGGAACAGAAUGAACCUCUUGCGCAGGCCGGAGAUUUCCCACCGGUUUUUCUUUACCCAGCCAGACAGCAGGACUUUCUGGAGCGGGUGCAUCUCGGUCAGCUCCUCUCCAAGGGCACAUUUUUCUGAGCUGUAAUUGCUUCCCACCCUGCCUUCUGGACCAUAAAGCUAGCAGUGAAAGUAUCUUUUUGGACCCGUGUCGGCUGGUUUAUUCCACAAACCUGCAUGCCUCCUGAUUCUUUCAUACUUCUCCUGCCGAUCUUUUAGGAAGCUGACCUCUGUACCUGGGGUAGGGUUCAGGGUUAGGUUGCUUUUGAGGGGAAGAAGUGGGACAAGCAGAGGGCAAUACGGAUUUGACUUAGGAGAAAUGUACUAAUAGGGAAUCGUAUCCAGUGAUGGUUUAUCAUUGUAGUUAAGCUCCCAGGACCUGGGCUAUACUGAGAUACAUAAAAAUCCUUAAUUCUCAACAACUUUAUGAGGUAUUGGCACGCCCCUCCCCUUUCCUUUUUCCACAGGCAAGGAAACGAGACCCCAAAAUCAGGUCAACCUAUUGCGGGUCACAAGGGCGAGUUAAGGGGCAAGCCAGAGUUUGAGUCCUGGGCUUCAAACACCAUGCCCACUGUGCUGGAUUAGAACGUUGUUGAGAAAACCAGCAGUUUUCUCGUUCAUCCUCAUGAGUGUUUGGCUUUGCUCCCUUGCCCCUUCGCCUCUGCUUCCAUUAUAGAAAGUCUGGGGGUGACUGUUUCAGCAACAGACACUGUUACCGAUGACUUGAAAUCGUUGCCUGUGUGUCCUGAUGUGGGUUGAGGUCCCUGAAGAUGAGGAACCCGAAGGCAGAAAACACGAAGCUCUGGGGUGAUGGGUUUUGGGGGGAGGAGGAGGAAGGCCUGUGGUACAGGAAAGAUGGGGGCUUGGGCACAAUGAAAGCGAGGAACUCCAGCUGACAUGAUCUUGAAGUUCCUCUAGUCCAACUCCCUCACCUGAAAGGCAUGAGGACAGCCUUGAGAAGUCAGAUGACUCAGUUGUGGUCGCACAGUGGUUACUGGCAGUAGAGACCCCAGAGAAAGGGGGGCCUGGGGUGUUGAGGUGGGUUCUGGGAGCUCUGGCCCGGUAACAGAAGGGGCCUCCUCUUCUGUUCUCUGUGAACAGUGGUGCCAUUGGGUAGGAAGGCUCCCGAAAAACCCUUCUCGGUUCUGCACAUAAGGAAUUGCGUGCAAAAAAAGCAACAAGGAAGAGUUAGGAGAAGAUGAAAAUGAGUCACUUUUCUGAAUUUAUUUUCUCUCUUUUUGUAUUUAUCUGUACUGCUCUGCAUUGGAAGCUCUUGCCGGCGAGCUUCUGUUUCUGAGUUAGACGAAGGCGGACCAAACAUCAGAGAUUGGCCAAAGGAAACUCCGUACCUGGGGCAUUGAAGGAAGCAAACCAUUGAUGCUUAACAUUUUCACAGCUGGAUGAAUUCUUUGCCUUUCACUUGUGUUGGAAUGACCUUUUAGUUUGUCUUCCAAAUGGCUAAUUUUAUUUGUGCAAAUAUAUAUUCCCACUUUAAUUCCUUGGCAUCAGUAACAAGGCAAGACAUACAUACACACGAGCCAGCAUUUGCUUUCAGUUCCCAGCAUGAGACACCAGUUUCCCUGGCAGUGGAAAUUAGGAAUCUGCGAGAUGUUGAAGAUAGCACAACAGCCAACACGAAAGGCCACGGUUGUCUCACUGUAUCUGCUGGUCGCCAGGAACAGUCUCUACCGGUCUAUAGAGGUGUGAGCUAUAGAGAAUUUUCUAAUUUCCGGGCUUCUCAAUGGUCUCCUCCGUGAAUUCAAGGAACCACAGGUGAGCUCAUCCAACCCCUAGUCCAGCAUUGGCUUCUCCUAUUGCCAGUGUGAAACCCCUGCUUGAAGAAGAACCUGGGGCGCCUGGCUGGUUCAGUCGGUGGAGCUUGUGACUCUUGACCUCAGGAUCAUGACUUCAAGCCCCACAUUGUGUGUAGAGAUUAAAUAAAUAAUCAUAAAAAAAAACAGAACUCAUUAUCCCCAGAGGAAACAUAGUAUAUCGCUGGACAGUCCUAAUUGUUGGAUGACACUGCAUUUUACUGAGCCAGAAUCAGCCUCCUUUUAUGGGGGUAAGGGUUGGGCUCCAGCCUACCAAGAGUUUCACACUGAAAUUUUAUUUUUGAGCUAUAAGCGGAUUUAGUUUUCAGACAAC